CCUCACAGUUUUAAGAGUAUAUAAGCCUCCAUCCAACCUUUGCCAAUCAGAAGUGAAGCACAGGAGCGUAAGAAGCAACUCAAAACAUGGGUAUUCACAACCAGCUGUGUUUUCUUGCAAGUCUGGCACUUGUUAUUCACGCUGGACCGAUUUUACAGCAUGCCGACGAAGAUGAAGCCACUGCAGAGCGUUACCUGAAGAGCUUCUACAAUCUAACAGAUGAAACAAUAAGCGUCAGAAAAGAAACCAGUUCAAUGACUGAGAAGAUGAAAGAGAUGCAGGAGUUUUUCGGGCUUAAGGUGACUGGAAAGAUGGACCAAGAAACAAUGGAGAUGAUGAAGAAGCCCCGUUGUGGCGUUCCAGAUGUUGCUGCGUACUCCACAUUCGGGGGUAUCAAAUGGCAGACCAACAAACUCACCUACAGAAUCCUGAACUACACCCCUGACAUGUCAAGAGCUGAAGUGGACGAAUCCAUGGAGAGAGCCCUGCAGGUCUGGGCUAAAGUCACUCCACUUAAAUUCACUCGUAUCCACAGCGGCACAGCUGACAUUAUGAUCUCCUUUGGUACAAGAAAUCAUGGUGAUGCUUACCCGUUUGAUGGCCCACGAGGCACUUUGGCUCAUGCUUUCGCUCCCUCUCCUGGAAUCGGUGGAGAUGCACAUUUCGAUGAUGAUGAAUCUUUCACAUUCCGCUCAUCUAGAGGAUUUGUCCUGUUCUUGGUGGCCGCCCAUGAGUUCGGUCACUCUUUGGGUCUUUCUCAUUCCAACGUUCGUGGUGCACUGAUGUUUCCCACAUACAGCUUUACUGAUCCGGAUCGUUUCUCUCUACCCUCUGAUGACAUCAGAGGGAUUCAAUCGCUCUAUGGUAAGCGUAUGAUCUUCAAGAAAACAUCUACAAUCUUUAAGUUGAAACUAUUCAGUCAGUUGUUUACCAUGUGGUAUUAUUUUAAAGGCCCAAACAGAGAUAGAACCCCCGUCAAACCUGAUGAAGAAGUAACAACUCCUAAUGCUUGUGACCCUGAUCUGGUCUUGGAUGCAGUUACGACUCUAAGGGGUGAAACAGUGUUUUUCAAGGACAGCUUUUUCUGGCGUAAAUCUCAGAGCAGAACUGUGACGCAAAUUCCGAUCAAGCAUUUCUGGUCCAACGCUCCUGAUAAUAUAGAUGCUGCUUAUGAGAAUCAAGUGCAAGAUAAAGUUUUCUUUUUCAAAGACAGACAAGUCUGGGCUUUUAAAGGCAUCACUCCUGAGCCUGGCUAUCCCAAGACUCUCAGCAGCUUUGGUCUGCCAUCUUCGGUGAGAAAAGUUAGCGCUGCCGUCCACGACAAAACCACAGGAAAAACACUGUUCUUUGUUGACAAGGUUUACUACAGUUAUGAUGAGAGGGCACAGAAGAUGGACACAGGGUAUCCCAAACAAGUGGAAAAUGGGUUUCCGGGAUUGACUGGGGAAGUUACAGCAGCUCACAUUUCCAACGGUAACAUUUAUCUCUACAGUGGCACAAAUGUGUAUGAGUUCAGAUUAUACAGUAAGAGGUUCCUGCGUGUGCUGAAGAACAGUUUUUUCUUGCCCUGUUAGUUGAGCUUUCCUAAAACAUAAGCGAAUGUAAACACAGACGGUUACAUCUAGUUACAUCGGUUACAGCUUUUUUAAAAAUACAUGUACAUAUUUAAACAAAUUGAUUGUUCAAUGAAUUUCUUCUUUCUGCUGUUUGUCACUGGACUUCUAAACGAAUGUAUUUUUACAAAAUUUUGUUAUUUUUUCCAAAUAAAAACUUCACCACAUGUGAGCAAUUGA